GAGCCAGAGCCUAGAGGUGGUAAUAUUUUCUCCUCCAAAUCCCAAUAAUCUCAAUUAGCCAAAAACAAAAAAAGAGAAAGGAAAUAUCGAUUGGCUACAUCAAAAAACAUUCUUGUACACUCAAAAUUUCCCAACUGAGAAAUGAAUCUUCCCUGUCUUGGUCCAAUCUCACAAUGCUCGUCCAAUGUCUCAUCCUCUUCAAUUCCCCGUUUACACAUAGUUUCCUCUUCUUCUUUUCCUCGGAGUAGUAUUAGCAGUUCAAGAUCAAUUGGUUCCAGACAAAUUCCAGCACGAGACCGAGUCAUAGAUUUCGGAAAAUACAAAGGUAAAAUGCUGGGAACACUUCCAUCCAAGUACCUGAAAUGGGUGACAAAGAAUCUCCGUGCUCGGGACUUUGAAGAGUGGGCUAACCUUGCGGACCAAGUCCUGUCUGACCUUGUCUAUAAGGACAGAGUUGAGUGGGAGUUUGCUCAAGCUCUCCUGAAUGGCGACGUUCCAGUAGGAACGCAGAAUGCGGUUUCUGAGUUGCUGGAAAUCAGUACUAGGUUCGGUUGGGACAAUGAUGACAAGUUGGGUUGAAGCAAAAUUGAUUUCAAUAUGCUCGGGACGUCAAAGGGUGGUCGAAUACCAAGACUUUCUGAUGAUUCUGCCAGUAAAACCGCGAAUGCCAUUGGGAUGGUAGAAGAUAAAAAGGGUGUUGGAGCUCGAGGUGAUGGUAGUCGUCAGGAGGAGGAAAGUGAAAAGGACAGUAGAGAGAGAAGACGGGAAAGGAUGAAGACGGGAAAGGAUAAGGUUACACAGGAGAAACGAUGAAUAUGGCUCGCGGCUGCGACAUUCAACUAUUACAGAAACAAGACGAGAUUCUGAAGAUUUUUGUAAUACUAGUAGUGGUGUAAUGGAAACUCCAAGUCGAUUUCCUGGUCGUGAAUCCCUGUUGAAGAAAGCCUUGUCACUUGGUACCAGGAAAGAUACCUCAAAAUAAUGAAUUUGUUACACUUGUAUGUGUAUCAUGUAGUGAAAAAACAUUACUACUUUUUUCACCCAAGAACUUUUUUUUGCAAGGUUGGUGGUGUACGAGAGAUGUUUUAACCUUAACCACAAUAAUCAACAUUUGUUUGUUUAUGUAAUUAUUAGUUAAUGAUCAGGUGUGUUGCACGUGUAUAUUGUGUCAAUUAAUACAAACGUCAUAUUGAAGGCCA